AUGUCAGCUUCAUUAGAUAAAUCAUUAGAUGAUAUUAUUUCAUCAUCAAAAAAAACUUUUAAAGGCGGUAAUAAAAGACAAGGUUCAAAAUUUGGUGGUAAUAAAGGAAAUCAAAAUAAAGUUGGUAAAAAAUUAGUUGGCAAUAAAAAGAAAAAACCUUCUGUUUCAUUUAAUAGACCAACUGCUCCAAAACCUGUUGCUACUCCUGCUUUUGAUUUAUCUUAUGCAACUAAAGUUAAUGUUUCUGGUUUACCAAAAGAUUUAAAACAAGAUAAUAUUAAGGAAUUUUUUCAAUCACAAGUUGGUGGUGUUCAAACAGUUGCUUUAAGUUAUAAUGAAAGAGGUCAAUUCAAAGGUUUUGCAACUGUUAUUUUCAAAUCAAGCAAAAAUGCAACAUUAGCAGUUGAAAAAUAUAAUGGAGCAUCAAUUGAUGGUGGAGCAGCAAAAUUAAGAUUAGAAUUAAUUAUUGAUACGAGUAAAAAACCAUUAGCUGCUAGAAUUGCUGCAAAACCUGUUCAACGUGUACAACAACAACAACCAAAUAAAGCAGAUCAUAAGAAAAAAUUAUUAGCUAAAAAAAAUGUUAAAAAACCAGCUAAAAAACCUCAACAUAAAAAGAAAACUGUUGAAGAAUUAGAUCAAGAAAUGGCUGAUUAUUUUGAUAAUUAA